AUGAACGAAGACGACUGGAAGCCCCUCGGACAGCGAGAAAUACGCCGACAGCGCUUGAAAUCCUUCGCUAGAAAGACGGAUCUUCGAGGAUGUCACACAGCGAUUUGCUCCUGUUCUGGAGUCUUUGCCACUUCCGAAAUCGAGCCAGAUACGAUUACUCUUGCGAAUCGCCCUAAAGUCCGUCUUUUCAACCCUGAUGGAUCUCUUCUUUCCGAAGAGCUCUGGAAAUCCGGAAGAAUCGUUUUCAUGUUCUUCGCGCUCGAUUUGGAGCUUUUGAAUAUCGUGACUGAAGAUGGAAAGUUGUACCAAUACGACUUGCUGCUGAAACUUCUCACGAGCUUUUCAGUUAGUUCUGAGGAAAUUCUUGAGGCGCAGACGUUCAGAACGGAUUCCACUCUUGGUCUGGUGAUUUUGACGAUGAGCGGAAAUUUCUCAGUUUUGCCGAAUUAUGAAAACUCGUUGAAGCGACUUGAUAUCGGGCCGAUUACACAGAAUGUUCCGGAUUGCUGGACUGUCAUAACUUCUAAAAAGCGCAGCUACAUUCUUUCUGCGGUAAAGACAAACUUUUACACAGUCGCUACAGACGGCUCAAGUCGAAUAGAAGUACACCCGAUCAGCGUUUCCAAGCCUUUCAACAAUCUUCUCCAAAUAACCUCCUCUCUUUGCGGAUCUUUCUGCGCUGGAACGACCGAUUCUGGCAUUCAGCUCAUCUUGAACUCGAAGACACUCGAAAUCAUCACGGAACUCAAUACUGCGGCCAAAAUAAAGUCUGUUCCGCUAGCCGCGGCUUUACUCACUCAAGGGAGUGAAAAUCUCGGACCGGUUGCCGCACUUCUUUGGACGGAAUUCCUGGUUUUGCUCGAUUGCGAUAAGAAUUGGGCCAUUUACGACUUGGAAAGUUUCGCAACGAUCUUUGAAGAGAAAGAUGGAAUAAGAAUCGUUGGAAGCAGAUUUCAAGAUUUCCUGACCGCUGUUUCUGAAUCAACCAAACAAGUUACUUUGCCAACUGGCGCUGGAGCGAUGCUGGUUGAUGGAUACGAAAUGAUUGCGGCCAACAACGAAAGGGGCGAAGAAAUAAUCGCUGUUUUGAGAGAUGAAAACUCUCCAGAGUGCUCUCUCGUUGACGGGAUUGAACAGUGCAUGACAGCUGCUACUUAUGAAUACGACCCGGCAAUGCAGAAGAAGUAUCUGAAAGCAGCGAGUUUUGGGCUUGUUCUGACGGAAGAUUUUGACCCGAAUGUCUUUGCUAACACAAACAGAAUAAUGCGAGUCUUGAACCAACUUCGCGCCGCCCCUGGUCUGGCCAUCUCCAUCGACCAAUUCCGCGAAUUAGGUCCAAUGGGAAUUGUCGGAAGACUCCAAUCUCGAGGGCUUUAUCAACUCUGCUGGACGGUGAUGGACUAUCUUCAUCUUGAAAGAAAAUUUCCAAACAUCAAGAAAGAUCUGCUCACAAAUUGGGCGAGAACGCUCGUAAGAGACUGUGCAGAGCAUGAGUAUGAGAAAGUCACGAGGAAAAUUUCGAUGAAAGUUGAUCAGCUCAAGUGCUCCGUUUCUUUUAUUGACAUCGCUAGAGAAGCUUCAAGAAGUGGAAAGAAAGAAUUAGGGCUGAAUUUGGUCGAGCUUGAACCCCGAUUUAGACCUCGAGUAGAGCUACUGCUGGAAAUAAGUCCAAAAGGCGACAGAGCUCUUGAAUGUGCUCUCGAAUCCCGAGAUCCUGAUCUGAUCUAUCUCUGCUUGCUUCAUAUUCAUGCGAAGAGGCCGAAGGAAGAGUACUCACAAGUUUUGAAGAAAUAUCCCGCAGCAGCUGCUCAGUAUGCUAUUUAUUGCAAGGAACAUAACAAACGAAUGUUGGGAGAAUUACAGGAUCCCACCGAGCACUCCGUUUAUCUCGCGAUGGGUCACCUUUCCAGCGCCAAAGAAGCAAAAGCCGACGUGGAGCGUAAAAUCGCUUCCCUCGAAGGAGCGGAACGCAGUCUCAGAAUGGCUGCCGUCGAUGACAACGCUUUGGUCAAUAUCUCCAGCCAAAAGCAGCUUCUGAUGGCGCAGAAAGAACUGGAGAAGGUCUACCAGCAUUUGAACUUUAUCGGAAAACCGUUAAAAACAACGCUUGAAAUCCUCAUUCCUCUAGAUCAGGCGGCGGCGGAUAAGCUUGCUCGGGAGCUAAAGUUCAAUGAAAAAUUUUACACGAGGAUGAAAGCUGUCUUCUUGGCAGGCAAUGCUAAAUACGAAGAACUAGACAAAAUGCUCGCCAAAACGAAAAGAAACGCUUCUUUGCCUCCUGAUCAGAUAAUCAAAAUCAUCAACGACUCUGGCAACAAGCCCGAAGCCGAAAAGUGGCUUCCAAAAUGCCAAGGCCGAACGAAAGUCAAGGCUCACAUCAAUCUCAAAUCCUUUGUUCAAGCAGCUACUGUAGCUCAUCAACUUGGUGAUUUCGACCUAAUUGCCAAAUGCCACAAACUUGCGCAACAAGCGGGUGACGCUGCUCAAGCUAAUGAAAUCACUGCUAGAUAUGCGUCUUAG